AUGGUCACAGACAUACCUCCUUUUGUUGUCCUCUGCUAGGUGGUGCUCCCAACCUUCAUCCUGGAGAAGCGCUCGUUGCUAGAAAUGUAUGCCAACUUCAUGGCUCAUCCCGACAUGUUCUUAUCCAUCACGUCUGGCUGCACGGCGGAGGAGCGCUUUGUUCGCUUUGUCGAGUACUACCUGACUGCCUUCCACGAGGGCCGGAAGGGAGCUGUGGCCAAAAAGCCCUACAACCCCAUACUGGGUGAGAACUUCCACUGUUCCUGGUAUGUGCCUCGGGGGCAUGUUCGUUCUCUCAGGACUACCAACUGUACUGGUGCUAACUCAACAGCAGCCACUACCAUUCCUGGGUCCCCGCAGAGGGGGACAGACACUAGCAGCAGAAGAAACUCAGACUGCUAUCGUGUUCGGUUCGUGGCAGAGCAGGUGUCCCACCACCCUCCUGUAUCUGGCUUCUACUGCGAGUGCAAGGAGAAGAGGAUGUGUGUCAACACUCACGUCUGGACCAAAAGCAAGUUCAUGGGCAUGUCUGUUGGCGUCUCCAUGGUCGGGGAAGGUGUUCUAUAUUUGUUGGAGCACGAUGAGGAGUAUGUGUUCACACUGCCCUGUGCCUAUGCCCGUUCCAUCCUGACUGUGCCAUGGGUGGAACUUGGGGGUAAGGUCACCAUCAACUGUGCCAAGAGUGGGUACUCUGCCACUGUAACUUUCCACACCAAACCCUUCUAUGGAGGAAAAGUACACAGGUAG